GAGGCCAGUCCCAACCCAUCCCACGGUGCCUUAGAGGCCAGUCCCAACCCAUCCCACGGUGCCUUAGAGGCCAGUCCCAACCCAUCCCACGGUGCCUUAGAGGCCAGUCCCAACCCAUCCCACGGUGCCUUAGAGGCCAGUCCCAACCCAUCCCACGGUGCCUUAGAGGCCAGUCCCAACCCAUCCCACGGUGCCUUAGAGGCCAGUCCCAACCCAUCCCACGGUGCCUUAGAGGCCAGUCCCAACCCAUCCCACGGUGCCUUAGAGGCCAGUCCCAACCCAUCCCACGGUGCCUUAGAGGCCAGUCCCAACCCAUCCCACGGUGCCUUAGAGGCCAGUCCCAACCCAUCCCACGGUGCCUUAGAGGCCAGUCCCAACCCAUCCCACGGUGCCUUAGAGGCCAGUCCCAACCCAUCCCACGGUGCCUUAGAGGCCAGUCCCAACCCAUCCCACGGUGCCUUAGAGGCCAGUCCCAACCCAUCCCACGGUGCCUUAGAGGCCAGUCCCAACCCAUCCCACGGUGCCUUAGAGGCCAGUCCCAACCCAUCCCACGGUGCCUUAGAGGCCAGUCCCAACCCAUCCCACGGUGCCUUAGAGGCCAGUCCCAACCCAUCCCACGGUGCCUUAGAGGCCAGUCCCAACCCAUCCCACGGUGCCUUAGAGGCCAGUCCCAACCCAUCCCACGGUGCCUUAGAGGCCAGUCCCAACCCAUCCCACGGUGCCUUAGAGGCCAGUCCCAACCCAUCCCACGGUGCCUUAGAGGCCAGUCCCAACCCAUCCCACGGUGCCUUAGAGGCCAGUCCCAACCCAUCCCACGGUGCCUUAGAGGCCAGUCCCAACCCAUCCCACGGUGCCUUAGAGGCCAGUCCCAACCCAUCCCACGGUGCCUUAGAGGCCAGUCCCAACCCAUCCCACGGUGCCUUAGAGGCCAGUCCCAACCCAUCCCACG